UUAAAUGAUAAUGUUUUGAAUGACAUUUAAACUUCUGUUCUCAGAUUACCAAUGAUUUUAGUUAAAACGGUGCUAAACGAGUAAUAUAAACGGGUCUGCAGGUUCUUAGAAUAGCAAAAGACUAAACACGAGGCCAAUAAAGAACAAGACCCCCAAAAACAAAUGUUUUGAAGUAGCAAUCUCUUCCAUACACUCGGCUGAGUCAAACAAGACUAUCUUGUCUUGGGGGGUUGCGUUGGCUUUGUAGAUAGAUGCAUAAAUGAAACCGUAUAAGAGGGAGCUGACGGGUAUGUUUGUGAUGAGAAUGUUGUGGUUAGCACUUAACACUUGAGCGGGGCUGGAUUUGAAAUUUCGGGGAUCAUAAACAUUUUUUUAUUAAUCUUAAUAAUUUAUUUUGAUAAUUUAGAAGUCACACCACUUAUUUCUCUUAUUGAAACAGAAACAUUAGACCCAAUUUUUUUAAAAAAGAAUUUAAAUAAAAUACACCAUCUAUUAUAAAGUAAUUAUGAAAACAAUAUUAUACUACUAUUUUUGUUUCUAAACUAAUUAUAAUAUGAACCAAAUUACUAAGAAGAUAAAUUGCACAAACAAUUAUAAUAAUAUUAAUUAAGCCACAUAAGAUAAAUAUUAUACAAAUAAAAUGUCUAUUUAACACUAAACAACAUUCGAUUAAUUUAUAAAAUUUGUUUAAUCAAUUUAAAAUAAAAGUUUGGGGACUAACGAUCAUCCUUUUAUACCCUGAACUGGCUGUACACUUAUGCUCUGGAAACUAUUCAGGAAACUAAAACAACUUGGGAAAAAUAUAUGAACAAAAAUCAUGACUUUCUAAAUGAAACGAUUUUAGGUCUUGUAAAUGAUACUUCUCUUCACUGGCGUUUAGAAAUGUACUUUUCGAUUUGUAGAUAUAUUGACUGAAAUUUUUGAUGGGAAGCGUUAUGAGAGUCUAUGAAUUUUUGGGAAAGAAUAUACUCAUGUUUAUUUGAUUGAUUUGAAACACUCCACACGAAUGGAAGGAAAACAAUGAUGAUAGGAUGGUUGCAUAAACAAUCAUGACCGCAAAAUUUAAUUUCUAUUUUUCUAUUAAAAAAUAUAUGACGGACACAGAAUCUAGGUUUGCUAUUUUUGCCGACUAAAAUCUAGGCUUGCUAUAAAAAAAAAGAAAAAAAAAGAAGACGGCCUAUAACUCUCUUACAACUCCAAGGGGAAAACAAAACCCAAAUUAAAUAGUUUUGUCGGGAAAAGUAGAACAUGCCGAAGAAGAAAAUGCCCUCCCUCGCCAUUUGGUUACUCUACCUCGGUUUACUUUGGUUCGAUUCAUUUCCCGGUUUAGAAGCAGCGACCGGAAAACUAGCAUCGAUACCAGGAUUAUACGUGUUUGGAGAUUCAUUAGUUGAUGCCGGAAACAAUAAUUACUUACCAAUUUCCAUAGCCAAAGCUAAUUAUCCACGUAACGGCGUCGAUUUUCCUAAAAAGAAAGCCACCGGAAGAUUCUCUAACGGCAAAAAUGCCGCCGAUUUUAUCGCUGAGAAAUUUGGUUUGCCAUUACCGCCGCCGUAUCGCUCACUUAAAGGCGCACUAAAAGUCAAAAAGAGAGAAUCCGCGGCCUUGACCAGUUUGAAUUUUGCUUCAGGCGGAGCCGGGAUCUUCAACAGUUCUGACAAAAAACUUGGACAAUCGAUUCCUUUGUCACACCAAGUAGACGAUUGGCUAUCUAUUCAUAACGAAGUGACGGGUAAGCUUAGACCAGCCGAAGCACAGGUUCAUCUAUCCAAAUCUCUAUUCAUUGUGGUCAUAGGCAGCAACGAUCUUUUCGACUAUUAUGGAUCGUUCAAAACGCGAGAACAGAACAAUCCUCAACAAUAUACCCAAUCAAUGGCUGAUAAACUCAAAGAACAAUUGAAGAGAAUUCAUGAAACUGGAGCACGUAGAUUCCUAGUAGCCGGAGUUGCACAGAUUGGUUGCAUACCGGGGAAUAGAGACACGGACUCGGACCUCCACGAAUGCGACGAAGAGGCAAACAGGUCGUGCUCUUUGUAUAACGAAGCUCUAGUUAAGAUGUUGCAACAACUCAAACAAGAAUUGCAAAACUCAAUGAGUUACUCUUACUUUGACAACUUCAAGUCGUUGCAGGACAUUAACUCCAACCCUGCCCGUUUCGGUUUUACUGAGGUGACAUCAGCGUGUUGUGGAAGUGGAAAAUUAAACGCGGCUAGUCAUUGUCAACCAAUUUCUAAGUUUUGUCCAGACAGAACCAAAUAUCUCUUCUGGGAUCGCUUUGGUCAUCCCACGGAAGCUGCAUCUCGAACCUUCGUAGACCUUAUGUUAUCUAAUGAUUCACAAUACUCAUCUCCUCUAACUCUCACUCAACUGGCCUCUUCAUGAUGUUAAUAUGGGGCUUCGUUUUCCAAAGAUUAGAUCAUCAUAUAGAAAAUGGACUCUGAGAGUGGAGACUUAAAUACAAAUCAAAGUAUAUAUACAUACUAAAUUUGUUAGCAAUGUAAUAAAUUUUAUUAGUUUACUAGUGUUUCUCUCAAUAUUUUACUUGUCUAUUUUUGUUAUUAAAGUUGCUAAUUUCUCACUGUUUCAAAAAAAUAUUGAAAUUUUAAACAAAUGUAACUUUACACCCUGGUUUAUCAGCCUCAACAAUUGGGUUGUCACUAAAUUUGUACAUCAGUAACUAGUCCAUAGCUGCUCUUCUCCCAAAAAUCGAGACAAUUCCGAUCUCCAUGGAUCUUGAUGCCAGCGGUGUCUCUGGCCGUUGGCGUCUCCUUCUUCCCGGCUCCUUCUGCUACCGUUUCGCGCUUUCUUUUUGUCUUCGUCAUCGUCAUCGUCACCGACCUUUGCAGUAUGGACUCUCUAUACGCCUUCACUCAAACAAGUAGCACCGGAUCUACUUCAUUUGAGUACGAGCCCACCAUACCUCUGCCUUUCGCCUCUCUCCGCCACCGUGACCAAGUGCUGCAUUUCAUUGUUUUUACCGGUUCGACUCUGUUCCGAACGAUGCCCUGACCUUGCUCCAGAUCCGUGGGCUUCUUCACUCCAAGCCUCUG